UACUUUUCAGCCCCCCCGCAAAGAACAGAACUUCAACGAGGAGAGAGAGAGAGAGAGCAAGCAAUUGGUGUGGGCAGGGAGAGAGAGAGAGAGAGGGGGGGAAGAGAGAGGAAGAGCUUUGAUUCAGUUUCGUUGUGCAUUGAGAUUUUCGAGAUCUCGGAACCCGCCAUCGGCGAAGGGGUCUUAUUCAGGAAUGGCCAUGGCAAACUCCAAAGGAUCAUCAAACAUCAGGAAUCUCAUGUACCCUGGAAAGCCUGCUUUAUUGCCACCCAGGAGUCCAUUUCCAAGUGUUUCCUCGGCUUACGUUGAUUACUUUAUUCCCACCCCGUUAAAUGCUUCAAAAGCUAUGCAGAAGCCGAGAGAUGUGCAACCCCACCACCAGAGAACCGCCUCCGAGAGCUUUCUGAUAGAGGAGCAGCCUUCCUGGCUGGAUGAUUUACUUAACGAGCCAGAGACUCCGGUGCGAAGAGGAGGUCACAGGCGCUCCUCGAGUGACUCCUUCGCCUAUCUAGAUGUAGGUAAUCUCAGUAGGCAAGAUUAUGUAGCUCAGGAAGAGUAUAAGCCAAGAAACUUGACUUUGGUGCCUUCUUGGAAAUCUCAAGAUUUUGAUCGUAGCAAAGAGGGUUGGCGUGCUCCUCCCUAUGCAGAAGCACAGCCAGUUAAGCAGAAGAAUAGGACUGCGGAACGGUCUUCGAGUGCUGUGGUCCAGGUCACUGGUCUGCCUUCAUCUAGGGAUGAUGUUGCUGGUCAAAAUUCUGGACUAUCAUCUGCGCCUCAAGAGGCUGGUCGAGCUGCAAAGCAAAAGCAAGGUCAGGGUGAAACCAGUAGUGUUGAUUCAAAGGCUUCUUCUGACAACAGAGAUGCUUCACAUGCGAAGCCUUCUGCAUCAGACACAGAUGCAAAGCGUGCUAAGCAGCAAUUUGCUCAGCGCUCAAGGGUCCGUAAGCUUCAGUAUAUAGCCGAAUUAGAAAGAAAUGUUCAAGCUUUACAGGCAGAAGGUUCUGAAGUAACAGCAGAGCUCAAAUUUCUCAACCAACAAAAUCUUAUCUUGAGCAUGGAGAACAAAGCCCUGAAGCAUCGACUGGAAAGUUUAGCCCAGGAGCAAAUGAUAAAAUGCUUUGAGCAUGAAGUUCUUGAGCGGGAGAUAGGUCGGCUACGGGCUUUAUACCAGCAGCAACACCAACCGCAUCAGCAACAACAAAAGCAACCAUCUUCAAGCCACCGGCGUAGCACCAGCAAGGAUCUUGAUUCUCAAUUUGCUAGCCUCUCUUUAAAACACAAGGAUCAAAGCCUGAGCCCUGACAAAGUGAGUGGUCCAUUCCACAUAUAAUUUUUAAUGUGGUAGAACUCCAGCCACCGGUUCUACUUGCUCACUAGCUGAUUACCACUGAAUCUGUUGCAGGCGCCUUUUUUACACUAACUAUACGUGGGACCUAGUAAAUUCUGAUCCCAUGCUUGAGAUUUGCCUGGUCUAAAGUUGGGAUCCUGGACAGAUUUUUCCACAAUCAUAUUGCAAAUGAAUUGUAGCCAAAGCUUCACCUAUCAACCUUCUCCCUCUCCUUUCAUCAUGACCGGUCUUGUCGAGCCUUUUUUUCUUGCUUUCCUCUUCAUUGUUUACUAACCUGUGCACCUGGUAGAAAGCUGCUGGAAUAUCAUUGUUCUUCCAGCAUGUGCUAUGCCUGAGGUGAUUCCGGGGUAACUGUAGAAUCUAUUGGCUCCCACUGAUCUCCUCCUCUCCCUUUUCAUCCAACUUAGACUUUCCUCAAGCAUAAGUUAGAAUGCGCAGUUAAUGUUGUCAUUUGAGCUGAGUUUCAGUGAGAAUUGUCUGUAUGCACAGUCGCACCAAUUGACUGGUAUCUUUGCUUUGUUUCGCGUAGUAAGUUUACGAUUUAUCAACCUUAGGGUUCGGGUUCCGAUGAUUUCAUCUGAGAUGAAUGUAGUAUGACAUUGUAUUGUUGAGGAUUAAAUCAAAACGUCCAUCUUUUGUUGAACAUCA